AAACCCCGAAGAGAGCGGGAUGUUAAAAUUCCAGGAAAGCUGGAGGAAAAGCUGGAGCAGCCCCGGGGGGAAAGCACCAACAUUUUGGGGUGGUUUAAAUUAAGCCUCUGGGUUUGCCAGUUCUCAGCCCUGUCAGCCGUGCGACCCUCGGGGCUCGGCCUGUGCCUCCAGGUAUUUGUGCUCGCACAAAGGAGGCCUUGGAGCCUUCGGGAGGCAGAACCAUCCCCGGCGGCCCUGCUGGCCCGGAGAGCUCCUAGCCCAGGCACACCCGGCUCAGCCCGGCAUUCCCCUUGGAUCCGAACCCCCGGGAUGGUGCGGGGUGCGGGAACGCGCUUCUGAUGAUGUGCUUCAUCCUUUUGUCAUAGGACUUCAUUUGCUGAAAGGAAAACUAAAGGCCGCACCAAUGGAGCACAUCCAGGGAGCUUGGAAGACCAUCAGCAAUGGGUUUGGGCUGAAGGAUUCUGUCUUUGAUGGCCCCAACUGCAUCUCCCCCACCAUCGUGCAGCAGUUUGGCUACCAGCGCCGGGCGUCCGACGAUGGCAAAAUCUCGGAUACGUCCAAAACCAGCAACACCAUCCGCGUCUUCCUGCCCAACAAGCAGCGCACUGUGGUGAACGUGCGGAAUGGGAUGACCUUGCAUGACUGUCUCAUGAAGGCACUGAAGGUCAGAGGUCUGCAGCCAGAGUGCUGCGCAGUUUUUCGACUUCUUGCUGAACCGAAAGGAAAGAAAGUGCGCUUGGAUUGGAACACAGAUGCUGCCUCCCUGAUUGGAGAGGAGCUGAGAGUGGACUUCCUCGACCAUGUCCCACUCACCACACACAAUUUUGCUCGGAAAACAUUUCUGAAGCUUGCCUUCUGUGACAUCUGCCAGAAGUUCCUGCUCAAUGGCUUCCGCUGUCAGACGUGCGGCUACAAAUUCCACGAGCACUGCAGCACCAAGGUGCCAACCAUGUGUGUGGACUGGAGCAACAUCAGGCAGCUCUUAUUGUUCCCAAAUUCAAAUAUCAGUGACAGUGGUGUCCCUGCACUACCUCCCUUGACAAUGAGACGGAUGCGGGAGUCUGUCUCCCGGAUACCUGUUAGCUCCCAGCACAGGUAUUCUACACCUCACGCCUUCACUUUCAACCCAUCCAACCCUUCCUCUGAGGGCUCUCUGUCCCAAAGGCAGCGCUCCACGUCCACCCCAAACGUGCACAUGGUCAGCACCACGAUGCCCGUGGACAGCCGCAUCAUCGAGAAUAACAGCCUGAAUGCUUCUCCCAGCUCCUGGUGCAGACGCUUUUGUUUGAGGGGAAGAGAUGCAAUUCGAAGCCAUAGUGAAUCAGCCUCACCCUCUGCUCUUUCUGGAAGUCCUAACAAUAUGAGCCCAACUGGCUGGUCUCAGCCUAAAACCCCAGUCCCAGCCCAAAGAGAGAGAGCCCCUGGAUCUAACACACAAGAAAAAAACAAAAUUAGGCCUCGUGGACAGAGAGACUCCAGUUAUUACUGGGAAAUAGAAGCCAGUGAAGUGAUGCUCUCCACCAGGAUAGGCUCAGGCUCUUUUGGGACAGUUUACAAGGGCAAGUGGCACGGGGAUGUAGCAGUGAAGAUCCUAAAGGUUGUAGACCCAACCCCAGAACAGUUCCAGGCUUUCAGGAAUGAAGUGGCUGUCCUGAGGAAGACCCGGCACGUGAACAUCCUGCUCUUCAUGGGCUACAUGACCAAGGACAACCUGGCCAUUGUCACUCAGUGGUGUGAGGGCAGCAGCCUCUACAAACACCUGCACGUGCAGGAGACCAAGUUCCAGAUGUUCCAGCUCAUCGAUAUCGCCCGUCAGACCGCGCAGGGCAUGGACUAUUUACAUGCGAAGAACAUCAUCCACAGAGACAUGAAAUCCAACAAUAUAUUUCUUCAUGAAGGCCUCACAGUGAAAAUAGGAGACUUUGGUCUGGCAACUGUAAAAUCCAGGUGGAGUGGAUCCCAGCAGGUGGAGCAGCCCACGGGCUCCAUCCUGUGGAUGGCCCCCGAGGUGAUUCGGAUGCAGGACAGCAACCCCUUCAGCUUCCAGUCAGAUGUCUACUCCUAUGGAAUAGUGUUAUACGAGCUGAUGACAGGAGAGCUGCCCUACUCCCACAUCAACAACAGAGAUCAGAUCAUUUUCAUGGUUGGCAGGGGCUAUGCUUCCCCAGACCUCAGCAAGCUGUACAAGAACUGCCCCAAGGCCAUGAAGAGGCUGGUAGCAGAUUGUUUGAAGAAAGUCAGGGAAGAGCGACCUCUGUUCCCACAGAUCCUGUCGUCCAUCGAGCUGCUGCAGCACUCUCUGCCCAAAAUCAACCGCAGCGCCUCGGAGCCGUCCCUGCACCGCGCCGCCCACACCGAGGACAUCAACUCGUGCACGCUGACCUCCACCAGGCUGCCCGUGUUCUGAGCUGCUCCUGCCCUGCUCCUGCCCCUGGCUGGGGCAGCGCGAGGAGCUCGAGCUGUGCCUCCAGCCUCGGGGGCCAGGCUCCUCCGGCAGGACCCUCCGCGUCCCAUCCUACAACGAAGCUGCUACGGAUUCGUGCAGUUCUGGGCCUGCAGGGACACGGCUCCUCAUUGCCUUUGCUACCAUCUCUUGUUCUGGGAGAGGUAACAGACUACAAAUCAAGAGAUCUAUUACUAUUUUUUUAAUAGAUGCACUUGAGCCUUAUUUUGCCCUCCCCAGAAGCGACGGCCGUUUCUUUGGCAGUGGUUCUGGCUGGGUUUGCUCUGUGCUCAGUGAGGGGGCUCUGAGGACGGGUGAUGUUCUGGUGCUCUGACUGCCCCAUGCCAAGCGUCACCUCACCCUGGGGAGUUGUGCCUGGAGUGGGAAGAGGAAAUAACUCUGGAAAUCGGCUCCUGCCUAAGAGCUUCACCAAGCCAAUGAAAUAAGUUCAAAUGCUAAUUCAACACAAAAUAGUUUUGCAAUAGUUUUGCACAUAGAAGAAAAACUCUUGCAAAAGGAUGGAAUCUGUUGUGAAUUGUCCUGCUCAGAGAAGGAGGAGGUGAGCCAGUCCUGCUUUGGUGACCUUGAGAAGCCUCCCAGCUGCCUUUGGUACUAUGGACCUGUUGCUGCAGCCCAGGCAGGGUGGGUGAGGAGUGCUGGGCUGGGGCUGGCAGAGGCUGAGGAUGUUCCACGUCCUGCAGAGGCUGCAUCCCAGCGGGAGCUGUCCAAGAGAUGCACUAGCAAGAGGAAACUGAGCAUAUACAGUUUUUCUUGUUGAUUUGGGUUUUAAUUUUGUUUUUAUUGCUCCUGAGAAAAUGCAUUUAUUGUAAGCCAAGGUUCCUCUGAUUAUCUUAUUUUAAUAAAAUAAAUUAAAUUUUAGGUUUAA